GACUGCUGCGACUUGACGGGCAGGCACAUGGACGCAGUCGUGUCUAGCUGUUUUUCGCGUACGCACACGCCGAGAAGUUAAUGUAUUAUUAUAAUACGUAUAAUAUUUUAAUCGAACGCCACGACCAACAAUCUACCGCGGAAUACUUGCGAUUUUAUUCGAAUACCAAUUAAUCUAUACGUCUUCUGACCGUGCCCGUUAUCAAAUAGUGAUAAAUCAUAAUAAUAUUUUAUUAUAAGUAGGUACACGAAUAUUUUGAAAAUGUCUUUCAAAACGAUAAUCGCCAUUGUAGCGGUAGUGGUGAUGUGCUACGACACUACUAACGGAGCUCUAAAACAGAGACAAGCAUAUAACGGAUAUUCCGGUGGAUACAUUCAGAACCACAAAGAUGAGAGUCAUCAAGAUCUGAGCAAAGUACCCGGAACACCGGGAGUAGACUACCCAAUUUACCACGCGGUACCGGAGACGAGUUUCAAUUGCAAAGACGUACCGUAUGCGCCCGGAAUGUACGCCAACGUGGAGACCGGAUGCCAGGCUUACCAUAUCUGUCACGACGGUCGUGAAGGUCAUCAAGGAGCAUCUUUCUUGUGUUCCAACGGCACUUUGUUCAAUCAAAAGGAAUUUACUUGCGAUUGGUGGUACAACGUAGACUGUAGCAAAGCAACAUAUUAUUAUGAACUUAACACGGACGCAACAAAAAAUCCGUUUGUCCCAAAACCAAAGGCUCCCGAGGAACCGUACAAGCAACCAUACAAUAAUUAUUACCAGAGUCCUAAGUAUUAUAUUUAAAUGAAUUUAUUAUAUUAUUUAAACACUUGUUUUGAUAUGUAAAUAAGAUGUAAAUUGUUUAUACAUACUUAUAAAUUUUAAAAUAUAAAUAUGUUUUAUAAUUAAUAAAUUAAUGAUAUUGAUACUUGUA